GACUGAUGGUGACGCUGGACUUCGAUGAGGGCUCGGCCUCGGUGGCCGGCCUGUGGGCCGAGACGGAGCUGCUGGACAUGCAGCUGCUGAGCGCGUCCGACCAGACCACCCGGAUCAAGGUGGCGCUGCCCUGCACUUACGCCAGGGAGACUAUGCAGAUACAGGGCAUGCAGGACACGACCGUCAAGCUCCAGGAUGGCCUCAACGCGGUCCUCCCUGCUGACAAGACCGACGUGCUGGUGCCGCCGGUAGUGCAGCCGAGGGUGCGGCCGCACGUCGCCUUCCCCUACCAGUGGGACCUCUGCGAGGACUGGACCGGCAUGACCGUCGCCUACACCCUGCUCGUCCUGGGAGCCCUGGUCAUGGUGGGCUACCAGGGCUACCAGUUCUGGCGCUUCCGCUCCACGCUCAGCUACGUGCGAUGAAUGGUCGUGGAGCACAGCCUGCGCUCCUACUUCGAGACCGGCGGCGAGCCCUACCAGCGAGGCACCAGUAGAGAGGCGUCUCUGUGAACGUCUCGGCGCAUCUCUCCAGCAGCCGAGCGCGACGCUCAAACACUUUUGUUUGUAGGGCUGGCUGGGGAACGGAGGGAGGGCUGUGAGUGGAAUGAAAAAAAAAGCUCACUCGUGGUUUUUGUUGCUCAAGCCUGAAAAAUUGUAGUACUUGACUGGCCAUGACUCAUUUAAUUGAUAAGGAGGCUGUACACCGAAAGGUGGUACGACUGGACUGAACCAGGGAUUCUAAAAGUUUUAGCCCCUUUACGAAGGCACAAAACGUGAGAAAGAAUUUUUAAAAGUACAAAUAAUGCUUGUCUUUGGUUUUUCAGUAUAACUUAGUCUAAAUAAAUACAUUCAAUAAAAAACUGGAAUGAGAUAAAUACAAUACUAUAACUAUCUUUGGCAUAAAAAGGUACAUUAUAAAUCUUACAUUAAAUAGAAGGAAAUACAAAACAAAACAAAAUUUUAAAAAUGACUGAAGAGAAGGAACACUUUUACUAAGGCUAACUGCCGACAUCAAUGUUUCCCCCAUACCCAAAUUUCGCAUAAUGUAGCAGUCUAAAGAUAAAUUGUGAACUGUUUAUAAAUCUAAUUAUAUUGACAAAACUAUAUUAAAGAAUGUUCACAUUGGUUUUACAUCAUUUGAAAAGUAAAUUAUAAAAAGUGAAAAAAUUGGU